UGCAUGAUUGAAAACAGUUUUGUUAUUAUUUGUAGUAGUAGUAGUAGUAGUUGCACUUUGGAAACGUAAUAUAGUCUAGAUGAAAUCAAGUGUAAACAUGGAAAUAGUAACCAGCCUUUUUUGUUGAACUCAAUAAAUACACCUAACUAGAUGAAGACUAACUAAAGGUGUAAUACAGUCUGUGAUCGAGAGUGUUUUGUUUUGUCUAUUUCUGAUGAGGAUGAUGAUGGGAGCGCACUGAUCAAAAUCUCCAUUUAUCUUUAUUACAGAUGCCGGACAAGGAGAGUCUUCAUCAUCAGCACUCAUCAGGAUCUGGUAAGGUGAAGAGCAAGGCUAGCCCUAGCUCCAGCGUAUUAUGGUCUUCUGUAGUAGCUGGUACUUCUAGCCAUGUUCAACAUAGUGUAACAGGUUCGUAUCAUCAGGGUAGUAAUCGCUUUAAAUAUGGGGGAUUCCAAUGUAUGGCUGUUGGUUUGGUAAGUCUGGCAAAACAUGCGGUUGACAGUGUUUUUGCAUGGCAGGUAAAAGAUCUAGACAGGGUCGUAGUUUUAGGUGAUCAGUUGUACACGUCUUUGAGAGACAACAAGAAGAUUAGUGGAUCAUCUAAAUUCUUGUGUGUUCCUGAUUUGCCAAAGCACUGGGUUAUAGAUGGACAUAACUUUGAGUUUCGUUAUGGUGACUAUGUAUCGGGUGAUGUCAGUGUGGUUGAUGGAGAGUUUAUUCAGGCUGGCAUAUUCAUGUCUCUACAAAAUAGCUUGAAAAACAUGUUUGAGAAAUAUGAUACAUGUUUGCUAACAUUGUGUGGUACCACGUGUGCAGUCAUUCGUCAAAACGGACGCUAUGCGGUUGUUGAUUCCCAUGCGCGCAGUGCUGCUGGAAUGCCAGAUCCUAACGGUAAUAGUGUUGUUGUAUAUUUUAGUUGUCUUAAAGAGGUGUACAGUUUCAUAUGCAAUUUGUCUACAUCUCUCACUCAAAAUGACAGACCAUAUGAGAUUGCUGGUGUUCGUGUCAUUUGCGGGGGCAGUAAGUCUGAGUUGAGAACAACAAAGUGUACUGACACUGUCACGACUUGUGAAACUGCAUCCAUGGCUUUCGGUUCAUCGCUGGUAUGUGGUAUUCCUUCAGGAAGUAAAGUUGACCGAGGUACGAAGCGUAAGAUUACAGGGCAAACUUGUGCUGCUAAGAAAAUGAAAAGGAAUAAUGUGGCUGUAGUGAAUUCAGAUGUUGUGUUUGUCAGUGAUGUAACUUCGAAAAAGCUGUGGUUUGAUCCCAUUUGUAAAGAUGUUGCGCAGGCUUUAUGUACACAGUUUAAUGUAGAGUUUGAGAAAUAUGAUGCACCAAUGCCUACAGAAGUUGGUCUGUUGGGAACGCCGUGUAAGAAUGAGAAAAUAGUGGCUGACGGUAACUGUUUCUUUAGAGCGAUUUCCCAAGCUGUUAGUGGAACACAAAAGAACCAUAGGAAAAUUAGACUUGCUGUUGUGAAACAAUUAGAGAGUAAUGCUGCGGACUAUAAAAGUAUCUUGAGAAGUGAAUAUUCUUCAGUGGUAGAAUACAUUAAAAGUUCAAAAAUGCGAUAUGUUGGCAGUUGGGCAACUGAGGUUGAAAUACAGGCAGCAGCAGAUUGUUUAGGAGUUAAUAUCUUUACUUAUCAUGAUGAUCGAUGGCUAGAAUAUAGUUGCAAAUAUAGGUGUUUUUCAAAACAGGGGAUCUACUUAGAAAAUUGUAAUGGUAACCAUUAUGAAAGUGUUGUUUGUGUUCAUCAGCCUGAACUCCAUAGUUGUUAUGGUAGCUGCAAGUUGAACAGGUCUGAGUCCAAAGUGUACGAUUUGAGACGGCAGAGUGCAGAGGAAUGUUCAUGGGUUAGCGCUGUGACAGAGAACACAAGUAAGAGCGAUCAGAAAGUCCAGGAACAGAGUACAGCAACAAAUAAUGCUAUUUCUAAGUAUUUUAUAAAGAAAAAGUAUCUACAAAUGAAAAAGAAAUAUCAGGAAAGUGUGCAGCAUAGGGAGAAACGUAAGGAAAAGAUUAAAGUGAAAUAUCAGAAAAAUGUGUUGCAUAGGGAGAAAGUUAAGGAAAUGAGUGUAAGCAAAUAUAGGAGAGAUAUGUUGCAUAGGGAGAAAGUUAAGGAAAUGAGUGUAAGCAAAUAUAGGAGAGAUAUGUUGCAUAGACAAAGUGUAAAAGCCAUGACUAAAGCGAGAUAUUAUGGAAAUGCUGACCAUAAGAAGCGUGUUUUAGCAGCCAACAAAGUGAAGGGGCAACAAUUGAAAGAAAAGGAGGAGCAGUUUGAUUUUGUUAUGCAGCAGUUUUUGGCUAAAGUAAAGGAUGGGCCAGAGUUUGUGUGUUGCGUCUGUCAUAGAUUGUUGUUUAGACAUCAGGUUUUGAAUUGUAAGAGGGAUUUUUAUAACAAGAAUGAAGCAGUAGCAUCAUUUGCAGAUAAAUGUAUCACUGAAGUGUAUUUACACAAAUGUAAUAAGGACUGUGAAAAGCCAUGUCAGUUGUUGGAUACAGCUAGAGGUUGUCUGUGGAUUUGUUACACUUGUCAUGGUAAGAUUAAUAAAGGUAUAAUGCCACCUGAAUGUGCAAUAAACAGUUUGAAAGUUGAUCCCAUUCCACCAGAGUUGGCAUGUUUGAAUAGUUUAGAGCAGCAUUUGAUUUCUUUACAUAUACCAUUUAUGAAAAUGUUAGCGUUACCUAAGGGAGGACAGAAUGGUGUACAUGGACCGGUAACAUGUGUUCCAGCAAAUAUUGUGCAGACUAGUAAUGUUCUGCCUCGUUGUAAUAUGGAAGGAUCUUUGUUGCGUGUAAAAUUGAAACGCAAGUUAACGUAUAAAGGGCAUUAUGAGUAUCAGUUUGUUGAUACUAUGCAUGUAAGGCAGGCAUUGCAGUAUUUAAAAAGGACAAAUGUCCAUUAUAAAGAUGUAGAGUUUAAUGAAGCUUGGUUAAAUGAGUUUUGUAGGGAAGAGGGUGAUUUAGGGAAAGACACUGAUGGUGAUGUUGAAAGUGGUAAAGUUGAUUGUGAAGAUGAGCUUUUGCACGAUAGACAACAACAUUGUAUGUUUCAGGAUACGUGUCUCAUGCCUGUGGAUAUUGGUCAGGAAAUGCUGGAUCAAUAUUUUGAUGAUAUAUUGAACCUUGCUCCAGCAGAAGGAAAUAGUCCUGUAAAAUUGCUUUCGGAUCAUGCAAACGAAGCCAAAUGCUUUCCGGUGUUGUUUCCGCAGGGACGUAAUACUUAUCAUGAAAGUAGAGCAAAUCGUUUGACGUUGUCGCGAUAUUUUAAUAACAGAAUUCUACAUGCGGAUGGUAGGUUUGCACACAAUGUGGAAUAUAUCUUUUUUGCGCAGUACAUGUCUGAGAUUGAGCAGGUUGUUUCUAAUGUAUCCAUAGCAUUACGAAAAGGGAAAGGCUGUAUGUCUCAAAACGUACCUGAUAAUAAGGUAAACGAUAUGUUAAAAAAUGAUGAAUCUUUGAAAAAGUUGUUGGAGUUUGAUGAUGGGUAUCGUUUCCUUAAACCGAUUCGAGGUACCCCAGCUUUUUGGCAAGGAGCACAGCGUGAUCUGCUUGCUUGUGUUCGUCAGCUCGGUGUUCCUACCUGGUUUUGUUCCUUUUCUUCUGCUGAUAUGCGCUGGACAAAUCUUCUGGAUAGUAUUUUGAAGCAGGAAGGUAGAGCACAGACUGCUGCAGGUUUAGAGUGGGCAGACAGGUGUGAUCUUUUACGCUGCAAUCCUGUCACUGCGGCCAGGAUGUUUGAUUUCCGCUGGCAUGUUUUUUUGAGAGAGGUACUUAUGUCGCCAUCACAUCCGAUUGGUAAAAUUAAGGAUUACUUUUAUCGAGUGGAAUUUCAGCAGCGCGGUUCACCCCAUGUGCAUUGUUUGUUUUGGAUAGAGAAUGCUCCAUUGAUUGAUAAAAACACAGAUGAAGAAGUAGUUGAAUUUAUUGAUAAAUAUAUAACAUGUGAGUUGCCAUCCCAAGAUGAGACUUUAUUGGAAACUGUCACUUCUGUGCAGCAGCAUUCAAAACGACAUUCAAAAACUUGUAAAAAGAAAAACACGGUUUGUCGUUUCAAUUUUCCGAGGCCAGCAUCCGCUCGAACGUUUAUAUGUCGCCGUAAAGAUGAUGAAGAGUGCAAAAAAGCAUGCAGUUGUGAGACAGAUAAAUCUUCGACGUGUGUUAAUCAUAGUCAGAAAACUUCAAAUGACAUGAAGAAAAAACAUGCAGCAGAGAUAAUGACAAAAAUCAAGAAUGCUCUUUCCAAUGAGAAGAAUAGUUUUGAUAGUGUGGUACAUUUAUUCCAAAGUGUAGGGAUUGAUCAGGUCACUUUUGAGGCUGCAUAUACGUGUUUAGCUAGAAAUACACAUAUUGUGUUAAAGAGGCAAGUUAAUGAAGUCUGGAUAAAUCAGUAUAGCAAACCACUAUUAAAAUGUUGGCAGGCAAAUUUAGACUUGCAAUUUGUUGUUGAUGCGUAUGCGUGCGUUGUUUAUAUUAUCUCUUAUAUGUCUAAGGCAGAAAGAGAGAUGGGAUUGUUGUUAGGGAAUGCACAGAGAGAAGCAUCUAAGGAGGGAAAUGUUAGUGCAAAGGAGGCAUUGAAAAAUCUAGGCAGUGUGUAUUUGCAUAACAGAGAUGUGUGUGCUCAAGAAGCUGUAUACAGAUUGACAAAUAUGCAUUUAAAGGAAUGUUCGAGGAAAGUUGUAUUUGUACCGACAGGGGACAAUAUAGUUAGAAUGAGUUUGCCUUUGAGUGUGUUGAAACAAAAGGCAAGAUCGCGCGCUUGUACCUCAGAAGAUGUUUGGAUGACUAGUUUUGUUGACCGUUAUAAAAAUAGGCCAAAUGAUAGUGUAUUCAAUGACAUGUGUAUGGCAACAUUUGCAUCUGAAUAUCGUGUUUUGAGUAAAAAUGAAAAAUCUCAGGCCAGCAUUAAAUUAAAGAAUGAUUGUGGUUUUAUCACGAAAAGAACACGAACAGAUCCUGCAGUUGUUCGUUACGCGCGCUUUUCUGAGACAAAAAAUCCAGAAUUGUUUUACCAAAGUAUAAUGCAGUUGUUCUUGCCGUAUCGUGCAGAUGUGCAGCUAAAACCUCCAAACUGUGAGACAUUUGCACAGUUUUACGAAAAUGGUCAUGUGAGGUUUAGUGAUGGGUCAAGACAUCCUGUUAAGUCAGUUGUUGAUUUGAAUAGAAGUCAUUUUGAAAUUAAAGCAGAUGAAUUGGAUGAAAUCCAGAAUACAAUUGAUAGAGAUGGUGUAUUAGAGGAUGCGUGGUGUGAGUUGUGCCCAGAGAAAGAGUUGGAGCGUUUACAGUGUGACCAAGAACAAAAAGACAAACAACAGAUAGUGGAAGAACAUGAGGAAAAUAUUCCAGAUUUAGCAGUAACUAGUCAACAUGUUGCACAUUUGGAAAAAAGAAAAAACAUCAUGUGUAGAAGUGAAGGUUUGGCUUUAAUUAGAUCUUUGAAUGAGACACAGCUUGCUGUUUUUUAUCAAAUUCGACAAUGGUGUUUAGAGAAAGUAUUAGGGAAAAAUCCAGAUCCCUUCCAUAUAUUCAUCACAGGUGGUGCAGGGACAGGAAAAAGUCAUUUAAUAAAAGCGAUUCAAUAUGAGGCAAUGAGGCUAUUGUCAACGGUGUGUCGUCAUCCAGACAAUAUUAGUGUGUUAUUAACGGCUCCUACAGGGAUUGCUGCAUAUAAUUUGCAUGCAUCUACUAUUCACCACACGUUUAGUAUCGGAAAAGAUGUUGGUUUACCCUACACACCUUUGGGUGAGGAAAAAGUUAAUUCUUUGCGCGCUAAAUAUAGUGAUCUUCAGAUUUUGAUAGUCGACGAAAUAUCAAUGGUUGAUCAUAGGUUGUUGUCAUACAUUCACGGUAGGUUAAGACAGAUUAAGCAAACCGGUGAUUUCUCACCAUUUGGAAAUGUGAGUGUAGUUGCUGUUGGAGAUUUUUUCCAGUUGCCUCCAGUAAAAGGGAAACCCCUAUAUGUAGAUGAUGUAGGUGUCAGCUUGUGGUCUAAUCUGUUUAAGGUCGUUGAAUUAAAACAAAUCGUUAGGCAAAAAGAUAACGUGUUCGCAGAGCUAUUGAACAGGGUGAGAACUCGAUCAAAAGGAACCCCAAUGUUAAGCAGUGACAUACAAAUAUUGAAACAUUGUGAAACUGGUGAAGUCAGCUCAGCUUUACACAUAUUUCCUACAAAUAAACAAGUAAAUGAGCAUAAUUUGGCACAGCUGCUUAACAUUUGUCCUGAAUAUGUCGAGAUAGAUGCUCAGGAUUUUGUGAAUAAUAAGAAAACAGGCAAACUAGAAUUGAAAAAUGGACAUCAUGCGAAAACAUAUAACACAUGUUUGACUGAACAGCUGUUGUUGGGUGAAAAUGCGCGUGUAAUGCUGUGUAAAAACGUGGAUGUUACAGAUGGUCUUGUUAAUGGGGUUUGCGGUACUGUAACUCAUAUAGUUGGUGCAGAUAAGGGUAAGUUUCCUCUCAAAGUGUAUGUUAAGUUUGAUGAUGAGCAUGUUGGCGCGCAGAGAAGGAAACAAUCGACGAGUAGCUUAGUUUUCUUUGGUUCCACCGGUAUUGAACCAGAGGAAGAAAAAGUUACUAACAAAGGUGGUAUGCGACGACAGUUUCCGCUGAAACUUGCUUGGGCUUGUACGGUACAUAAAGUACAAGGUAUUACUGUAGAUAGUGCUGUUGUUUCUCUUAAGAAAGUAUUUUCUGCAGGCCAGGCAUAUGUAGCCCUAAGUCGUGUUAGAAGUUUGUCAGGUUUGGUGAUUCAAGAUUUUGAAGAUAAAGCCAUAUAUUGUAAGGAUGGUAUUCAGGAUACAAUUCAGAGUAUGCCUCAAUUCUUGAACCAAAAUAUAACUAGACACAAAUUUAGUACAAGUAGUUUUACUGUAUUUUUGAUGAAUGUACAAAAUUUGACACACCAUGUAUCUGAUUUGGCAUUAUGUACACAGCAAUUGCAGCUUAACUGUAUUGCUGUUACAGAAACAUGGCUACCUGCUGCUUCCUCAUUUGAAGCUGUAAAGAUUGAUGGUUUUACUUUUCAUGGUUGUCCACGAAGUUUAUCUUACAAUAGCAACAUUCCAGCACUGAUUGAACUUCAAGGACAACAGCAUGGUGGAGUCGGCUUUUAUAGUGCAGACAAUUUGGAAUAUAAUAUUAUCAAAGCAACAAAUGUGAAUUUGGAAUGUUUUAUUUAUAACUAUGUUACAUGUAACAUAUUAAUAGCUGUCAUUUAUCGACCACCAUCUUAUCCCAUGUCUUUAUUUAAAGAACAUCUAGGCAAAUUAGUUGAUUGGCUAGAUCCAAAAAGUAACACAAUUGCAAUCAUGGGAGAUUUUAAUGAGGACAUCUUGAAAUCAUCAACAAUCUGCAAAUUUCUAACAGACAAAGGGUACAUUCAAUAUGUUACACAGCCCACAACAGAGAAGGGCACAUUAAUUGACCAUGUGUAUGUGAAAACAUCACAUUAUGAAAUUGAAUCAGUAGUGUUGCCAACAUAUUUUAGUGAUCAUGAGGCGGUUGUUUGUUCUUUUAAAUGUAUAUCUUCUGACAUAGGACAGUAAUACUUUACAACUGUUGUAGAUGUAUGUUUUUAGUGAGCAUUAUUUGGUGAUUUUUAACUUUAUGAGUUGUAUGUUAUUUAAGCUUAUUUAUGGCCAAGCAUGAAAUAUGAAAUGAAACUGGUAUUUUUAACCAUUUUGUGUAUUAGGUGUUGUAAAAAUAAAUGACAAGGGUUUCUUUUUCCUGCAUUACAACAGCAUUUAUAAGUCUAACAUGUAUUGAUAAUAUUUGAUAAUGCACAAAUGACAUUUGGUGAACAACUACAAUAUAAUUGUCAUUUUGACAUAAUAUGAAAUGCUGCCAUAUGCUGUGGGUAAUGCAGGUUUUGCUUUUCCUUCUAUGUAGUGUCAAAAAGCAAAAGGCACCGGUAAUGGCUACUCCUGGUUUAUACUGGGAUGGGGUUCGAUUCCCUGCGGUGCCCUGCUGAUCAAUUUGACAUUUACAUAAAAGCAUGUCCUCCAGCGCAUGUCGAAGUGUUGCCCAGUCGAAGGUCUUUUGUCAGUGACUUGUAGAUGUUUCCGGACUCAGGCUGUUUUCAGACAAAUCAAGGAGAGAAACAUCACUUCCUUUGUGCACUAUUUUGCCUUCAGCUGGGACUGCGGCGUUGAAAUGCUGUAGGGGGCGCUAUCGAGCCAGUUUGCAUCACUGAAUGAAUAUUUUAAAGUAGACAUGCUCAGGCCUGGAUUGAUAUCAAACCUGUGAAGUUUGAGGCAGAUCCAACCAUGUACACUCAAGUUAUAUCAAUUUCCUCUGUCAUGGCGAAACAUCAAAAC